GUCCGUGACGUCACUGCGUUCACCCCGACGUAACUGACGUUGGACUUCUGAACUGCACACACCGGCGCUGGGAAGUUAGCAAGCCAGUUGAGCACGAGUUUGAACCAAACACUGCGGUUUAAUAAGGUCAGCAUGGCUCUCACACAGGUCUCCUCCAACAAAUGUGCUGGAGGCUUCCAGAAGGUGUUCGAACACGAAAGCACCGAGCUCAGGUGUAAGAUGAAGUUUGCGGUGUACCUGCCUCCCCGUGCCGAGACCGACCCAUGUCCCGUCAUGUACUGGCUCUCAGGUCUGACGUGUACGGAGCAGAACUUCAUCACCAAAGCUGGCAGUCAGGUCCCAGCCGCAGAGCACGGCAUCAUCAUCAUCGCUCCGGACACCAGCCCACGCGGCUGUAACAUCGACGGGGAGGACGAGAGCUGGGAUUUCGGGACGGGAGCUGGUUUCUACGUGGACGCCACCCAGGACCCCUGGAGGACCAACUACCGCAUGUACUCCUACAUCACCGACGAGCUCCCCAAACUAAUCAACGCUAACUUCCCCACCGACCCAGACAGGAUGUCCAUCAGUGGUCACUCCAUGGGCGGACACGGGGCGCUCAUCUGUGCCCUGAAGAACCCUGGGAAAUACAAG